GCACCCGUCGGGGCUCCGGAGGCUCGCGCCGGAAGUGUGCGUGGUCGAGGGAACUCCGCGGCUCCGGCUGCUCCGUGGCGGAAGGCUGCGAGAAGGCUCCGCUUCCGGUGGCGGCGGCGGCCCACAACGACGAGGACCCUGUGCUGCUCACCACCGGCUCUUGUAGCGCUCCUCGGAGUCCGGCGACAACCUCUCGGCUCGCCCGCCGAGCCGGCCCGGCGGCUGCGGUCCCUGCGUGUGCGAGCUGAGGCCCCGCGGUCAUGAGCGGCAAAGAAGGACCAGGAGGCUUCAGGAAGAGGAAGCAUGACAACUUCCCGCAUAACCAAAGGAGGGAAGGGAAGGAUGUCAGUUCGUCUUCGCCGGUGAUGUUGGCCUUCAAAUCAUUUCAGCAGGAGCUGGACGCGAGGCACGAUAAAUAUGAGAGGCUUGUGAAGCUAAGUCGGGAUAUAACUGUUGAAAGUAAGAGGACAAUUUUUCUUCUCCAUAGGAUUACAAGUGCUCCUGAUAUAGAGGAGAUACUGACUGAAUCAGAAAUUAAACUGGAUGGUGUCAGACAGAAAAUAUUACAGGUCGCCCAAGAGCUCUCAGGAGAAGAUAUGCAUCAGUUCCAUCGAGCUAUCACCACAGGACUGCAAGAAUAUGUAGAGGCUGUGUCUUUUCAACACUUCAUCAGAACUCGUUCGUUAAUCAGUGUGGAAGAGAUUAACAAGCAGUUGACAUUCACCACAGAAGACAGUGGGAAAGAAAGCAAGACGCCCUCCUCUGAUGGACAAGAUAAGCCGCUUGUUACUUGGAGACUGAAAAUCACCCCUGUUGAUUACCUGCUGGGAGUGGCCGACCUGACUGGAGAACUGAUGCGGAUGUGCAUCAACAGUGUGGGGAAUGGGGACAUUGACACCCCCUUUGAAGUGAGCCAGUUCUUACGCCAGGUUUAUGAUGGGUUUUCUUUCAUUGGCAACACCGGGCCCUAUGAGGUUUCUAAGAAGCUGUACACCUUGAAGCAGAGCCUGGCCAAAGUGGAGAACGCCUGUUACGCCCUUAAAGUCCGGGGCUCAGAGAUUCCCAAACACAUGCUGGCAGAUGUGUUUUCAGUUAAAACAGAGAUGAUUGAUCAGGAAGAGAGCAUUUCUUAAGCAGCUGCACUGAGGAGCCCCUGGCAGGCCAGUUGGUGAGACUGUUCUGAGUGUGCAUUUGACUUUAUUGUGGCUUUUGUAGAUGUUUCUAGUUGUACUAGUUUGAAGUCGUAUACAGCUAUGUAUAAGUUUGUCCUCAGGAACAUUUCUUACGUUCACGAGCAUUUGCAUACAGUGUUUGCAUAUGUGCUUAUUCCUGGUGUUUGCUUUAUUGUUAUGUGAACAUGCUUCCUGUAGCACUUUCUGCCACACCUACUUUAAUUCACUUUGAACUUGGAGCGACAUGUUUCAGAGGAAGCCUCUUAAGUGGGUGAUUCUGUAGAUGGAGAAGAAAAUGGAGCGAAACUUCUGGAGUGAGCUUCCUGUUGGGAGUGUCUUGGUAGUAUCAUGGCAAGCCUUUAAAAUAGGCUUAGUACAUGGAACAAGAAGUUAAAAAUGUAAGAUAUCAGUAUUUUUAAGUACAAGUUUUAGUGGUAUUAUAAUGAGAAUUCAUGCAAAAUUUUGAACAAGUUCAGACCACUUUGAGUUUAUUCAAAGUAACUUUGCAAAAAAAAAAAAAUUGCUGGGUAUCCAGAUGUUAAUUUUUCCACUUAGUUUUUCCCUUUAUCGCAGGUGUGAGGAAUUGGAGCUGGCGUUGUUUUUCACCAGUGAUGCUGAGUAAUUCUACUCUUGUCUCUAGUUGUGAGCAGGUAGGCCCGUGGUCCUGGUGUUAGGUGUGGUGGCUUUUCUAGUCUGGCACCUCUUAGAAAUCACAGUAGAACAGCUACCAUGGUUGGAAUGCUGACAGCCCAAACCUUCGUACUUAUCCCUUGGUGUUAGCCAAUAAUGUUGCCAAAGAAAAUGAAUUAUGUAUAAUUUAGCAAUAAGACAAUUGCCAACACAGAGGAGGAGCCAGAGGUUUGGAGUUCACCUACCCAGUCAGUGAGAGCUCAUCUGUGGUGUGAGGGUGUGAGUGUGACCUGCCGGCUGACAGCCACUGCUUCCAACUAGUUCUGUGCGCAUUUAGGGCUUAGAUGCUGGGUUUAUUUUUGGAAAGAGUAUCUAUUUGUAAGGGCUGGUUCUUUGAAAGCAUAAUUUUUCCAAAUAUUACUACUGGAAGGAAAAUAUAGUGCAUACAAGCCCGAUAAGUUAGGCUUGUUUGUCCUGGUGACGGUGGGCUUUGUUCUCCUGCUUGCUUAUAGUCCGUCCCUUUGCCUGUUUUGUUUGUUUUUUCAACUACUUCAAGUUGAAUUUAUAAUGUUAAAAUGAUGAAUUGAAGAAUGUUUUACAGAAACUUAAAACAAAUUUUGAAUAAAAUAUUAAAAUACAGAA